AUGGAGAAUUUACCAGCGAUUGGUGAUCGAAAUACUCAAACAAUUGUGUGUUCAUUCUGUGAUGACAUUAUCCUUCGUCCGCAAACAGCCACUUUAACAAAAAACCCAACAUUAUUGCCUCAAAUGCGUGUCGAUAAAAACUCUUCAACAGACGCCGACACGAAUCGUUUAUCUAUUAACGGAAGUGAUCAUCCAUGUGAUUCAUUAGAAUUAUUUUGGUUAGUAUCGGACAUGUUCACAUUUGAAAACGUUGGCUUUUCUAAUACAGUUAACAAUCAAACUAAAUAUCUUGUUUGUGCUAAUUGUGAACGUGGACCAAUUGGAUUCUCUCCUAUCAAUCCAUCGACACGGCAGCUCGAAAAAGAAUUUUAUGUUGCUACUGAUAGAAUUAAAUAUAAAUAA